UGCAGUUCAACGACUUCAAUCUACUGCACAAUAGCAGUCUGCCCAUUACUGACCUAAACCUUGCUCUUGCAUACUACAGUACACUUUGAUGUAGUACAUUAUACCAAUCCCAUUAUAAUCAAAAAGGUUGGUUGCAGCAGCAGCAGCAGCAUCAGACAUGGGAGAAAACACACAAGAACUAGCAGAUCAUGGCCUUUAUUGUUCACACCCCAGGAAGCUCCUCAGUUGUUCUUUCUUUGUUCUCUUCACCUUGUCUCUCAUCUACUUCAUCUUCUACUCCUCUCCAUCUUCUUUCGCCUCCUACGCCGAUCUGUUCGACAAAUUCAAAACACAGGGAGCAGCCAAGAACAUAUCAUCUCCCCCACCACCUCCUCAAGCUUGGUUGCAAUGUGACUACAGCGACGGGAAGUGGCUGUGGGACGACAGCGUCACCGGCCCGCGGUACGACAGCGAGAGCUGCGACAUGAAGAGCACGGAGAAAUGCGUCGUCAACGGCAAGCCGGACAAGGGCUACCUGCACUGGCGGUGGCAGCCGGCUGACUGCAGCCUCCCGGCGCUCGACCCGGCGGGGUUCCUCCGGCUGGUCCGGGGCAAGCGCCUCGCCUUCGUCGGCGACUCCACGGCGCGGAACCAGGCCGAGGCCCUCGUCUGCCACCUCUCCACGGUGGCGCGCCCGGCGACGGCGCACCGGUACGAGGAGCGCCUCGGGCGCAAGUUCUGGCGGUGGGUCUUCCCGGCGCCCCACAGCGUCACCGUCUCCACCUACUGGUCGCCGCUGCUGGUGCGCGCCGAGGGGCGCUCGGAGGACUACUCCAUGACGCAGCAGGCGGUGAUCCUCGACGAGCUCACCGAGCCGUGGGCCGCCGACGCCGACGCCAUGGACGUCGUGGUGGUCUCGGCAGCGCACUGGUUCCCGCGGCCGGCCAUGUACUACGAGGACGGGGAGGUCGUCGGCGUGUACUCCCGCCCGGACGUCAACAAGACCGACAUCGGCUACCUCGGCGCGUACCGCAAGGUGCUCCGGAGGACGCUGGAGUACAUCAACGCCAACUCGACCGGCGACAAGCUCGUGGCGGUGGCCACCAUCGCGCCGGGGCACUUCGACCUGGCGCGCAGCUGGGACCACCGCGACGCGUGCUCGCGCACGGAACCGUACGAGGCCCGGGAGGCGGAGGUGGCGGCCGCGGACGCCGAGAUGAGGAAGGUGGUGCUAGAGGAGGUGGCGGCGGCGGCGGGGAGGCGGCGGCGCGGGGUGCGGUUCGAGGCGCUGGACGUGACGAGGCUGGCGACCUUGCGGCCCGACGGGCAUCCUGGCCCCUACCUCUUCGCGCACUCGUACGACUGGCGGCCGGUGCCGGAGACCGUCGCCAACGACUGCCUGCACUGGUGUGCGCCGGGGAUCGUCGACACGUUCAACGACAUGCUGACCAAGAUGAUCGUCGCCGGCGGCUGAUCUGAAUGGAUCUUGGCUGAACAUUGCAGUGUAGUUUGUCCACACAUGCAUUGUUUGACAUUAGUUUGGUCAAAGUUCAAAUUCAAUAUUACUCGUGGCAGGCGAAACCACGAAAUGUUAAAGGUCGUUUCUUCAAAAAAAAAAAACGAAAUGUUAAAGGUCUCAA